CUGUUUUUCAGACUUCCUCUUGCUGUGGUUUGGAGCUGUGCAUCUGGAUGUUUUAAACAUACAAAGGAACUGCUGGAGCAAGCAAAAGAGAGCAAAACUCAAGGAAAGUGAAGAUGCUCUGAUAAGAAACUGGAGGGACUGUACAACUCAACUCCCUGACAGAGCCAAGCUCUUUCUGAAGAGGGGGUGUCAGGAAAUCAUCAGAAUUCAAAGCAGAAUGGAGGUGCCUGCUUUCUCUAGCUUAGCAGGCUGUGUUUUUAAAAUCCUUCUGAUCCAACUCUCCAUUUUCCACCCAACUUCAGCUCCACCGCCACCAACCCUCCGGCUUCCAGAAACAGCCAGAGAACUGAUACCAUCACCCAUCAUUAAAUUUCCAGGAGACAUUUCUCCCCAAACAGACAAAGAACUGGCUUUGCAAUACCUGAACAAGUACUAUGGGUGCCCGCAAGACAACUGCAAUUUGAUGGUCCUGAAAGACACACUGAAGAAAAUGCAGAAAUUCUUUGGGCUGCCUCAGACGGGAGAAUUGGAUCAGAACACCAUAGAUACCAUGAAGAAGCCCCGCUGUGGCAAUCCGGAUGUAGCCAACUACAACUUCUUUCCACGGAAACCAAAAUGGGAGAAAAAUAUGGUCACUUACCGAAUUUUAGGCUACACACCAGAUUUGGACUCUGAAACAGUGGAUGAUGCUUUUGCCCGAGCCUUUAAAGUUUGGAGCGAUGUCACACCCCUGAGAUUUUCCCGAAUUCAUGAUGGGGAAGCAGACAUCAUGAUCAAUUUUGGACGAUGGGAACACGGUGAUGGGUACCCUUUUGAUGGUAAAGAUGGCCUCUUGGCUCAUGCCUUUGCACCGGGGCCAGGAGUUGGAGGUGAUUCCCAUUUUGAUGACGACGAGCUCUGGACGUUGGGAGAAGGACAAGUUGUUAGGGUGAAAUAUGGCAAUGCCGAUGGAGAAUUCUGCAAAUUCCCCUACCUGUUCAAUGAUAAAGAGUACAACAGCUGCACAGAUGCUGGGCGCAGUGAUGGAUUCCUUUGGUGUUCGACAACAUACAACUUUGAUACUGAUGGGAAAUACGGAUUCUGCCCUCAUGAAUCGCUUUUCACCAUGGCUGGAAAUUCUGAUGGGCAGCCCUGUAAGUUCCCCUUCAACUUCCAAGGUAAAUCCUACGACAGCUGCACAACAGAAGGGAGGCAAGAUGGCUACCGAUGGUGUGCCACCACCGAAGAUUAUGACCGGGAUAAGAAAUUUGGAUUUUGUCCAGAAACAGCCAUGUCGACAGUCGGUGGAAAUUCUGAAGGAGAACCCUGUGUGUUCCCUUUCAUAUUCCUUGGGAAUAAAUAUGACUCUUGCACCAGUUCUGGACGUCAAGAUGGGAAGAUGUGGUGCUCCACGACGAGCAACUAUGAUGAAGACCGCAAGUGGGGAUUUUGUCCAGAUCAGGGCUAUAGCCUUUUCUUGGUUGCUGCUCAUGAAUUUGGACAUGCCAUGGGACUAGAACACUCUGAAGAUCCUGGAGCACUCAUGGCCCCUAUCUAUACCUACACCAAGCACUUCCGGCUGUCCCAGGAUGAUGUUCAGGGAAUCCAGGAACUUUAUGGCGGUUCUACCGAUGUGGGACCAGGCCCGAGUCCAACACUUGGACCAGUCACCCCUGAGCUUUGUGGUCAAGACCUGGUAUUUGAUGCUGUCGCCCAACUCAGAGGGGAGAUCUUCUUCUUCAAAGACAGAUUCAUCUGGAGGACGGCAAACCAACGAAACAGACCAACUGGUCCUUUGCUUACAGCUACAUUCUGGUCUGAGGUGCCGGAAAAGAUCGAUGCUGUCUACGAGGCCCCGCAGGAAGAGAAAGCGGUCUUUUUUUCAGGCAACGAAUACUGGGUGUAUUCAGCUAGCACUUUGGAAAGAGGUUAUCCCAAACCGCUCACCAGUCUGGGGUUACCUCCCGAUGUGCAGCGCGUCAAUGCGGCUUUUAACUGGAGCAAAAACAAGAAGACCUACAUUUUUGCGGGAGAUAAGUUCUGGAGGUACAAUGAAGUGAAGAAGAAAAUGGACCCUGGUUUCCCUAAGCUGAUUGCAGAUGCUUGGAACGGUGUCCCGGACAACUUAGACGCGGUGCUGGAUGUGAGCGGAAGUGGUUUCAGCUAUUUCUUCAAAGACUGGUAUUAUCUAAAACUGGAAGACCAGAGCCUAAAGAUCGUGAAAGUCGGCAAUGUGAAAUCAGAUUGGUUGGGUUGCUGAGCAGUGUGACAACUUAACAAUGACAACAAACCAUGUACACAUUUUUUGUUUUGUAAAGGUCCUAUGUCUUACCUGCAAUUAGAGAUAGAGCUGUAUGCUAACUCACGGGCCAGUCUGGUACUGGUACCACCAUUAAGUACCACUAUUUCUUCAACCAUGGAUUAGAUUAAUGAGCACUCUCACUUGGAAGCAAGUUCUGUCAAAAUCAUGGGAUUUACUUCCAAGUAGACACAUUUAGGACUGAGAGUGCCAGCCACACAAGGACUUUGCCAUUUUUUUUUGUCAGUUAAUUUAAGACUCUGGGAAAAUUUUCAGCAUACAACGAAAGAUGUUUACUUCUGUAGCCUGAAAUGUGGUACAUCGUUCAGCUUUCCAUAUUUGCAGGUCGGUGCUAGAAGCGGAAGAGCUGUUAAACUUUGCUUUGCUUAAGCAAGUUGGAACAUUCCUGGCCAGAGGCUAGAUUUUUGAAUUUGCUUUCAUAUAAAUAAAUUUCAUAUAGAAAUUUUCUUGCACAUAGAAAAGGAGAAUGUCCGGGAGAAAGCUAGAGUCAGACUUUCCCCCUGCUAGUUUUCUAUAUGUAAGGUGGCUUAUAGUUAUCUAUAUGGGAGAAUGUUCUAAACAUCUUAUCUGCAGCCGAAGUGGUACAUCCAGCGACAGAUACAUCACUGGGCGCUGCUGAUAAUGUAGCAGUCAUUGGAAAUUCCAUGGACCUUGAUGAAGCCAGGAGAUACAUUCAAUUUGGAGCGGAGAUGAAAUUUUGUUUGCAUUCCAAAGUUAAAUGACCCAAAUAGAAAAUUGCAAUUCCAGGAUUUAACAGUUGUAAGGCAAGGUUUGUUCUUAGAAUUGCAAAGGUUUUUAUUGGCAUAUCUGGAUGCCGAAAUGGUAUUUUGUCAAUACAAUUCUCAACAUACAUAUGCCCAUUGCCCAUCAGAACCGAUAACCCUCAAAAAGGAAAAUCCAGUCCUCAGAUUUUAGAAAUAGCCAUUUACAAGUUAAAUCUGACAUCCUUAUUGUUUGAGUUGCAGCAUUUUUAGCUUCAGUUGGUUCCCACUUUGCCAAAACGAGGCACAUCCAAGUUCUUUGACUGGUUCCAUACUUGUCCUUUCCUGAUGGUCUUAUUCAUUGUUCCCGUUUCUUUCCACACCAAUACAGAAAGACUGUCAAAGGCACAGGCUGCCUAAGGAUUUGUGUCGAUACAUGAUGGAAUCAUGGCGAGAAACUGUAUGGAAAGUAUUGUUUUAAAGUACUUUAAAAAAAAAAAUCAAACGCCAUUACUUAAAAGUUAGCAAUUUGUUACUUGCACUUUGUUACCUACCAUAACUUUUUUAUAUAUACAAGCAGAAUGACUCAGAUUUUUGAAGUCGAUGUUUUAUAUAGAAAUGCCAAGUUUGGAGGUCCAACUGGUUUUAUUUUUUCUGUUCUUUGUUAUAUCCAGGGGAUUCCUCCUUUCUCUCUCUCUCUCUCUCUCUUCUCCUCUCCUUUUUAGAUGUAAAGCGUUGGGCCGUGCAAAGUUUUCGCUGUACAACCAGAUGGGAUGUUUAUGUUCACACAAAGAAUUUUUAAAAGGGGGUGGGGGCAGGAUUGCAUACAUGAAAUGGUCAGUGGAAUAAAUAAAUAAAUAAAUAAAUAAAAGACCAUCUUG